AUGGGAAUAGCUGGUUCACCAAAACCUUUGAAAAUAAUAAAAUAUUCUUAUCCAAAUGAAUUAUAUAAUCAUACCCCUAAUACUACCAGUCAUAUUGAUAAUACCCAACAAUAUCAAAAUCGAUCUUUAGAUAAGAUAGAUUAUUUAUUUAAAAGAUAUAUUAAUGAAGUUAGAGAUGUAAUAUGCAAUCCUUACAUCGAUAGAAUAUGCAUUGUAGAUGGCAUUUUAAAUGAUUUGCCCUCGAAAUACAGCUUGAUCCAAAAUUUAAAAAAGUGCACAACGCUUAACAAGAUAACGUCCUUCCAACACCAAGCGUAUUCUUAUUUAAAUGUGAUUGAUUUUCUGCCUGAUGUUUUACUAUAUUGCAUCAGUUCUGGCGUACGAUCUGGAAUUGUUAUACUGGGGAACAAAAAUCAGAAUAUUUGUGUCGAUAUAACCACGGAAAAUAAUAAUUCUUCAGAAUUUACAAUUUUAGUUAUACCAAUCUUGGAAUUAAGAAUAUUUGAUAAUUACAUGAAAGUGAUAGAGAGUUUUGAUGACUUAUGUCCAAUUCUUCAUAGGUUGAUAACAAAAGAAAUACCUAUUGAUUAUAGAUCUCUUUUGGCUAACCGGAUAAUCGACCCAUAUAAAAUAAUAACAUCAGUUCCGAAUAAAGAUAAAGAACUAGCUGCAUUGCAAUUACAUAUCAUUCAAACAGAUAUGAGUGCUUGGCAAGGCGCCAGUAUUUACUACUCAGGUUCCAUGACCAAUAUCACUCACUCACAUAAAAGCCAUUGUUCGAUAAAAAGAAAAGAUUUUGAUGAUAUGAGUAAAAUUCCAGAUUGGAAAAUAAUGCAGUACAAAACAAAAUGA